CUCUUGAUUAUAUUAUAUUUUGGCAUCAUAUGUGUUAAUUUCACGUUUUCGACGCAAAGAUCGUGAUGAUUUAUUUUCCAAUGAUGAAGAUGAAUUAUUAGUUUAUCGCAUAAGCUCAUGGCUUUGUACAUUUUCAAUGGCAAUAGCAGUUGGAGCAGCACUAUUAUUACCCGUCUCCAUAGCUAGCAAUGAAGUGUUAUUGCUUUAUCCAAAUAGUUACUACGUUAAAUGGCUAAAUAGUUCAUUGAUCCAAGGUCUUUGGAAUCAUGUAUUUUUGUUCUCCAAUCUCUCCCUGUUUGUAUUCCUGCCAUUCGCUUAUCUAUUUACCGAAUCGACCGGGUUCUCUGGCAAUAAAAAAGGCAUUAUACCCCGUGUCUAUGAAACAUUUACAGUAUUUAGCCUGUUGGCAUUUGUUGUAUUAGGUCUCACGUAUGUUUUAUCCGCUGUUAUGGAUCCAGAAAAGAUUGGAUUUUUAUCGCUAUUAAAUUUGGGUAGCGUUCAUUUGCCAUUUUUAUAUUCAUGUGUAUCUUUUUUGGGUGUGCUACUGCUACUUGUUUGCACACCAUUUGGCUUUGUACGUCUCUUUGGUGUUGUUGGCCAAGUUUUGGUUAAACCACAUCUCUUGCGUGAUGUCAACGAAGAGUAUAUUGCUUUUCAUAUGGAAGAAGCCAGUGUUAAACGUAAAUUAGCUAAUUUAGAGCUACAAAAUGUUAGCAUUAACGAAUCUCUUAAUGGUACAUUUUCAUCCAAUAACACAACAUACGAUACACCAUCUGGCAGCUAUAUUUUACACAACAUGCUAAAUGGUCAUCAUCAUUCACCGCAUCAACAAAAUAGAAAUAAUUUUAGUUAUUAUUAUAAUAAUCUAUCAUCACGUACUUCAUUAUCACAUUUAAUACAAAGAAAACCAAUGAAUGGUGAGAUACAUGAUCAUCAAGCCAAAUUAAACGAAAGACUGAGAGAGUUGGAAACUGAGCGUAAAGAAUUGGAAAAACUUAAGAAAUCAUCGGCAUUUCAAAGAAAUUUUGUAUAUCCUUUGGCUAUGUUGCUGUUACUGUUCUUUACGGGCAUUACCAUAUUGUUGGUGGUGCAGAAUACACUGGAGUUAUUGAUUGGCAUCAAGGCUCUACCUUUAAGUACACGGCAAUUUACUUUGGGCAUAACUUCCUUAUCGAAGUUAGGUCCCUUUGGUGCCGGCCUAGAGGUGUGUCUGAUAUUUUAUUUGGGAGCCACUUCAGCAGUGGGUUUCUACACCAUGCCCUUUAUGCGUAAUGUAAGACCACAAAGGCGCAAAACUUCACUAUCACAAUUGAUACUUAAUUGUGCUUUAGUGUUGAUUUUAAGUUCUGCCCUGCCAUUACUAAGCCGUAUUAUAGGCAUUACCAAUUUCGAUUUACUGGGUGAUUUUGGUGCCAUCGAAUGGUUGGGCAAUUUCCAAAUCGUUCUACUUUACAAUCUGGUAUUCGGCUCUACCACUGCUUUAGUAGUGGCCAAUAAAUUUACCGCCACCGUGCGUCAAGAGCUUUGUGCGCGAUUAAGUGCGAUAUUUAUGUUGGGAUGACAUAGAACUUUUAUGUACAUCUAUUUAUGUUUAAGUGUUAUAUUGUAAAAUACACAGACACACUCGAAUCCGAAUAUUAUUUAUGAAAUUUACAGUUUUAUUACGAAAAAUGUUAAAUGGUUGCAAAUUUUUUUGAGUGCUGGAACGCUUUUUACAAAACUUACAAACUGACUUUGUUUACACAGGCUAACAAAAUUUUAAAAACUUGAAACGCAGAGACCAAAAUAUACAUUUCUAUAAGGAAUAAACAGUGCUAAAUCCGAAUAUGACUUAAUAUUUUUAUACUCACCAUCAAAAAAGAUGGGGGGUAUAUUGAUUUUGUCAUUCCGUUUGUAACACAUCGAAAUAUUGGUCAUAGACCCACAAAAGUAUAUAU